UAUUGAAGAUCAGCUUUUGUAAACAUGAUAAUAUACACAUCGUCACACUUUUAAAUGUAAACCGUAAAGCAUACAAAAUUAAUAUCAAUAUUCCGUAUCAUAAAUCACUACAAUUGGAACAUACACUCAGUUUAUCGUUUUCCUCUGUGCCGUUUAGUCGUGGUAAUUGUUGUUAGAAUUAGUUAAAAUGAGGAGCAUUUAUCUUCUCAGUUUUAUCUUAUUAAUAUGCCUAUCUACGUGUUAUGGUCGAGAUCUCCUCCUAGGCACCACGUAUAAUGCACAUCUAGUAUGGCAGCAAAAGGCAGAAUAUAUGGGUUUCCCUUUUAAGAAAAGAGUGAAAGAAGUAUUCUACUCUGACCCAGGCAUGCAAGUUAUAAAGGGGGUCGUGGCAAGAGACUUGGACCACACAGAGGGCACGGCCACUGUGACAGCGGGGGGCGUUGGCUCCUCUUUCGUCAAUUUCAGACUAAAGAGCGAGCGCGGCAGCGGUUUGAAUUAUCAAAUUGAAAUAUACGUGUGAUAGAUAAUAUAAUAAAAAGUUUAAACAAUGAUUUGUAUAACA